AUGGCCCUCCCCGCCUGGCUCCCCCACCUCGUCGCCGCGGCCACCCUCGCCCUCUUGCCCCCCUUCGCCGCCGCCGAUGCCGUCCCGUCCCCCCCCUCCCCCGACAUCUCGCUCCGCCUGGCCGCCCUGGGCGAAUGGCUGUGGGAGCUGUGGGAGUUGAUCGCGCCCGGCGGCAAGCUGCACCCGGCGGGCUUCCUGGAGCACAAGGGCCACCUGGUGGUGGAGGCGCUGCUGGUGCUGCUGAUCGCGUACCUGGUGUGGCAGCCGAGGUCCAGCCCGUCCAAAAAAGCGGACGAGCGGCUGACCGAGAAGGAAAUCGACCAGCUUUGUGAGGAGUGGCAGCCUGAGCCUCUAUGUCCAGAAAUUGAGUCAUUUCCAGAGGUCGAAAAGCCACUGUUGGCCACAAGUGUGUUAGGACAUCACAUCGAGGUCGAUGGGGAGAAGCUGCUCAACAUGGUGUCCACUGACUUUCUUGGCCUCUCCACCAGUGAGCACAUAAAGGAUGUCUGCAGGGCAACGAUCAACAAGUAUGGGGUGGGAUCAUGUGGCCCGCGAGGGUUCUAUGGAACUGUUGAUGUUCAUCUGCAGCUGGAGGAGAGCAUCAGCGAGUUCAUGGGCACACAGGAGACGAUCAUUUACUCGUAUGACAUGGCAACAGCAGCCAGCGUGUUGCCUGCAUUUGCCAACGCAAAGGAUGUCAUCGUGUGCGAUGAGGCAGUGCACUACCCCAUCCAGAAUGGGUGCACCCUCUCACGCGCCAAAGUCCUGAAGUUCAAGCACAACGACAUGGGAGACCUUGAGCGCUUGCUGGUGAAGGUGGCUGCUGAGGACAAAAAAUUGAGGAAGCCCCUCAACCGCCGCUUCAUCGUUGUGGAGGCCAUCUACCACAACACUGGCGAGCUGGCCCCCUUGGACGCCAUCCACGCCCUCGCCGCCAAGCACAAGUACCGCCUGGCCGUGGACGAGUCCCUGGCGAUCGGCGUGCUGGGCCCCAAGGGCCGGGGCGCCUGCGAGCACUUCGGCCUGCCCCCGGGCGGUGCGGAGAUCGUCUUUGCGAGCAUGGGCAACGCGCUGGCAUCUGCUGGAGGCUUCUGCACAGGUGCCAGGGAGGUUGCGGAUCACCAGAGGCUUGCGGGGCAGGGGUACUGUUUCUCGGCCAGCCAGCCACCAUACCUGGCGACGUCGGCGCGGGCGGCGCUGGAGGCCGUGGCAGGGGAUGGGGAGGGCAGGCGGCAGGUGGCGAAGGGCGCGGCGCAGCUGAGGCGGGAGCUGGGGAGGGUCGCGGGCCUGGAGGUGGUCGGCAGCCACGAGCGGGACCUCCUGUCUCCCGUGGUGUUCCUGCGGCUGAAAGAUGCACCAGAAUCUUCUGUCGAGGCCCGGCGCCGCCUGAGUGAGCUGGCGGACUGGGUGCGGCGCAGGCAGCGUGUGCUCAUCACGAUCCCGAUCUCCUCGCCGAUCGAGUGGCGCGACUGGGGCCCGGCGAUCCGGAUCGUGGUCACGGCGCGGCAUGGAGAGGGCGAGCUGCGGGGGCUGGCGAAGGGGCUGGAGGAGGGCCUCAAGGAACUGUCAAAAAAGUGGUGA